ACUUUUGAUUUUAGGUUUUCUAUAUCUCCCCGUCUCUUUCCAACUUUUUGUCUGCCGAGUGCUCACUGCCGCCCUAAUCACCUCUCCUCUGUCCACCGCCAAACCUACUCUCUUUCUCUCUUUUAUGUUUCUAUUGUCCUAAGAAGCUGCCGGCCACCGCAUUUAUCACCGCCGACGCUGGCCAUUUUGCCCAUCCCCAGACACACGCGGAGGAGGUCCAUAAACCGAUCAUUUCUCACAGAAACUAAAAAAAUACAAAAGAAAAACAAAGCCCACCGCCGGACUAAGCUUGGUUAUUGGUAGGACCUGUACUGUUAAACAGGGUUCUGGAGUUGAGUGAGCUGUUCUUGGAUAUUGAUAUUGGCCUAAUUAUUCUUGAAUUCCAAGACCAGUUGUAAACAGUAUGGCUGUCCACUCUGGAUCCCGGCUUAUUUCCUACUCACAAGAGCUUGUAGAUGGACAGCCAGUCUAUGUUUCUUCAAAUUCCCUUCCAAUUAAGGCAUUAAAAUUUGAACCUGCUGGGCACUCAUUUCAUGCUGUUGCUCUCAAACUUCUUGGCUGUGAGGAGGAAGAUGCAGAUGGUGAAGAUCAGAAAGUGUCCAAUGAAAAGGAACAGGCAUAUAUACCAUCAUAUGAUUCUUAUAGCAGCAAAGGUAAAAAGAAAUCUGGUACUGGAGAUAAGCAACAAGAUCACUAUGCCUUGUUAGGUUUGGGCCAUUUGAGAUAUCUUGCCACAGAAGAACAGAUAAGAAAAAGCUAUCGUGAGGUUGCUUUGAAAUAUCAUCCUGACAAACAGGCUGCUCUUCUGCUUGCUGAGGAAACUGAGGCUGCAAAACAAGCAAAAAAGGAUGAAAUAGAGAGCCACUUCAAAUCCAUCCAAGAAGCAUAUGAAGUUUUGAUUGAUCCUCUAAAGAGAAGAAUUUAUGACUCCACAGAUGAGUUUGAUGAUGAAAUUCCCACCGACUGUGCACUGCAGGACUUCUUCAGGGUUUUUGGUCCUGCUUUUAUGAGAAAUGGACGGUGGUCGGUAAACCAGCCAAUUCCAUCUCUUGGCGAUGACAACACUUCUUUGAAAGAAGUUGAAAGCUUUUAUGAUUUUUGGUACAGCUUUAAGAGCUGGAGAGAAUUCCCGCAUGCUGAUGAGUUUGAUAUUGAGCAAGCUGAGUCUCGUGAACAUAAGAGGUGGAUGGAAAGGCAGAAUGCAAAACUCACAGAGAAGGCAAGGAAGGAAGAAUAUGCACGGAUUCGUACUCUUGUUGACAAUGCUUAUAGAAGAGAUCCAAGAAUAUUGAGAAGAAAGGAAGAGGAAAAAGCUGAAAAGCAGAGAAAGAAAGAAGCUAAAAUUUUGGCAAAGAAGUUGCAGGAGGAAGAAGCUUUGAGGGCUGCUGAAGAGGAGAAACGCCUUAAAGAGGAGGAGGAAAGGCGUGCUGCUGAAGUUGCUUUACAACAGAAGAAGGUGAAGGAGAAAGAGAAGAAACUUCUGCGCAAAGAACGAACUCGUCUUCGAACACUUUCAGCAACUAUUUUGUCCCAGCGUUUGCUUGAUCUUGGUGAGGAGGAUGUGGAAAAUCUUUGUUUGUCAUUGGAUAUUGACCAGCUGAGGAAUAUAUGUGGUAAGAUGGAGGGUAAAGACGUGCUAGAGCAAGCAAAAGUGCUCAGAGAUGCAAGUGGAUCAAGUCAUGAUUCUGACAGCAAUAAAAGAGAUGAGAAGAAAAAUAUACAACAGAAUGACACUGUGGUAUCGAAUGGAACUGUCCCAUUAAGCAGCUUUGAAAGGAAAGAGAAGCCUUGGGAAAAGGAAGAAAUUGAGCUCCUGAGAAAAGGAAUGCAGAAAUAUCCCAAAGGCACAUCUCGACGGUGGGAGGUUAUUUCAGAGUACAUUGGUACGGGAAGAUCUGUUGAGGAAAUUCUGAAGGCAACAAAAACUGUCCUCCUCCAGAAGCCCGACUCCGCUAAAGCUUUUGAUUCUUUUCUUGAGAAGAGGAAGCCUGCACAAUCCAUUGCAUCUCCACUUACAACUAGGGAGGAAAUAGGAUCAGCAGCAAUUAAACAAGGGCCUGGAAGCAGUGCUAUGAAGUUGGAUGAUUCAGAGGAAUCUUCAAGUAGAUCUGCAAAUAACAAGAAUCCUGAUGAAGGGUUUGCUGAGAAUGGGUCGUCUUCAAGCUCAGAUCAAGAUGCAUGGUCUACUGUACAAGAAAGGGCACUAGUUCAGGCUCUAAAAACCUUCCCAAAGGAAACCAGUCAGCGUUGGGAGCGAGUUGCAGCUGCUGUUCCUGGGAAGACUGUGAAUCAGUGCAAGAAAAAAUUUGCGUUGCUAAAGGAAAGCUUCAGAAACAAGAAAAAUGCAGUUUAGUUUGUUGGAUGGGCCUUUAAGGUAGUUCAUGAGGUGACACAAUUGCAUGAGAUAGUCACCGAGUCAUCAAUUAUCCCUUUAUUUACUUUAGAUUCCAUUCUUUUCCUCCUCCAGGAUAGGAAUCAGUGAUGCUGUACAUGAGAAAAGAGUAAUUGCUAUCUCUAGGCUCUAGUCUCACCAUCAAGCUUUUAUCAACUGGCUUUUUCUGUUAUGACAGUUGACAUGUUUUACUGUAGACGUUUCACAUUUCAGGUGGAGAGCCAUGGAUAGGAAGUUUUUCGGUAAUCACUGCUGAAUAUAAUGUAAUUUUUUGCCCAGAUGAUGCUUAUUAGUACAGGAUUUUGGUUCCAUUA